GAAGGUCCAUCUUUACCCCGUGCAGCUUUUGGUUGCUAAGGAGACACGGAGAGCAGGAGAGGUGGUGAUGAUGAUGAUGAUGAUGAUGAUGAUGAUGACGAACAUGGAGGCUGAGUCUAAGUGAGGACUCUAGGGUCAGGCUGGCUGGUUGAGGUGCAGAGGGGACGCCAAAAACCUCGCCAGGAGUCUGACUAGCACCCACACACACACACACACACACCGCCUGUCCUUUCUGGAAUCCGGCUGGUCGCCAUGGUGACGCUCAUCACUGACCAGCUCCGCAGGCAGAGUUUAGACGAACCAUGUUAUCGCAGGGCUUUGUCUCUCAAUGUGUCAUUGCCUGAGGUGGGUAGCAGCCCGAAGAUGUCCUGGACUGGAUAUGGGCUGACUCCAGAGAGUGGGUGGUCCAAGCCCCAGCGCCUGCAGGACCCCACGUCUGAUCCCCUGCCUCCCCUCUUCCCUGGGAGAGACCCUUUCUACUGGCCCCCCCUGCCCAGCCUCUCUGUGGCAGCACUGUGUCUGCAGAGCUCCCCUCCCCUAGCCCCUCAGAGCUCCCCUCCCCCUCCUCCCCCAAAGCGACACUGCCGCUCCCUGUCCGUGCCUGAGGACCUGUCCCGCACCCCCUGGCGCCCCAGCGCCUCCAGGAUCUGGACCCCCGUCAAACGCCGCUGUCACAGUGGAGGAGGAGCCAGCGGCCAGGCGGGCUCGGCUCCCCUACGAGGCCCCUCCUCGUCCGUCACCUCCUCGUCCGUCACCUCCUCCUCCAUCACCUCGUCCAGCCCCACCUUCUUCAGCCUCGCCCUAUCCUCCGACUCCCCCCUGCCCUGGGCCUUCCCUUUGGACCCCUGGGACCCCUGGGACGGGCUCCGUGGGGGCUGCGCCUCCUUCUUCCCCACCCCCUCAUCCUCCUCCUCCUCCCCGGCCCCGCCUGGCUCCUCCUCUCGGCCCCUCCUGCAGCGCCGGUUCUCCCUCUCCCCCAUGCACAUUCACCUGCCCCCCCAGGCCUCCCCUGCUCCUCCUCCUCUCACCCCUCACUGCCCUGGCCCUGGCCGGGACCCCCACGCCCCCUGGCCCUCCUCAGCCUGCAGCACCCCGGCCUCCUCCAGGCGAAAGCCCCACCCCGCCCUCCCUCGCUGCCACUCCCAGCCCUGCGACAUGAAAAGGCCCCGACUGAAGAGACGCCACGACUCUGACACCUUGCCCUGCUCCAGACCGGGCCUGGACUUCAGCAAGAUGACCCAGAUCGCCAGUGGAGAGGGCCCUUCCCUGGGUGUCGUGCCCGCUCAGGGGGACCUGAAAGCAGCCUUCUUCCCUGCAGAGUCCCUGGGCCGGACCAGCAUCGGGCCAGUCAGCGAGAGCGAGGAGGAGGAAGAUGAGGAGGAAGAUAAGGGGUGUGUUGGAGUGGCAGAGGAAGGAGUUCAGAAUGUUUUCGAGAGAGACUGCACAGAAUUAGACUUGGAUCUGAUAGAGGAGAACUGACCGGAGGUCCUAACUGCUGCAUCCCUCACCCACAACCUGCUGUCUGUCUGGGGCUGUUCACCCACAGCCUGUCUGUCUGUCUAGGGCUGUUCACCCACAGCCUGUCUCUG